GGACUCAAACUCCAUUAAGAGAGAAACCAUCUAAUCCAUAACUAGCCAUUAUCAAUUCGUCUCCUUUUCCAAAUUCCAAUUUCUCUCGUCUCUCAGAGAGACAUGAGAAUAAAAUAGUGAGUGAGUGAGUGAGAGAGAAAGAGAACAGCUGUCUGUUUCUGAGAUUCGAAGUGGAAGGGUCCUCAAAGCAAAAAUGUCCUAACUAACAAAACUUGCCCACUGAAACUUGAUAAAUACAUAUGCUGUUUACUGCUUUACAUUUAUUAGUUUCAUGGGUUUCUAACUAAUUCAUUCCUCCCCACUUUGUUUUUUUCCUUUUGCAAAACUCAGAAUACUAUAUGCUUGCUUUGUCUAGUGUUUGGAGACAACAAAGCUUACUGUUCAGUCAGUUGAUGUUUGCACUCUAUUGAAAGAUGUUGUGCUUGUAGAUGUGGUUAGCUGUGAUUGUCCGACCCCUGUGCAUAUCAAGUGUCAUGUUGGAGGAAUCAUAUCAUGUUUCAAGGGACUUGCCUUGUGCGUGCGAGCAAGCGAGCAAGUGGAUAUACUAUGCUUUCCAAGUUAUUGAACACUCAAAGGGAAAGCGUCCUUUGGAGGAUGUAGCAGACAUUGGUUUGAGAAAAUCAUCCAAGCUGCUUGAUGCCCAAGAGAAGGAGGAAGCCGUGCAGUGCCUUCACGAUCUUUCGCUCUGUCAAGAAGAACACUCAGAUAAGCAGCAUGAGAGUGACACUCACUCUGAUUCAAGCUCUUUAAUCCACCAAAUUGGGCGAGACCUUUCAGUAAAUUGCCUGCUUCAUUGCUCAAGGUCAGAUUAUGGGUCAAUUGCUUCAUUGAACCAGAGCUUUAGGUCUUUAAUUCAGAGUGGAGAACUGUAUAGGCUGAGGAGACAGAUGGGUAUUGUAGAACAUUGGGUUUAUUUCUCUUGCAACCUCCUUGAGUGGGAGGCCUUUGAUCCCAUUCGCUCUAGGUGGAUGCAUUUGCCAGCGAUGACAUCAAAUGAAUGCUUCAUGUGUUCUGACAAGGAAUCACUGGCAGUUGGUACUGAGCUUCUUGUCUUUGGAAAGGAAAUAGAGUCCCAUGUCAUCUACAAAUACAGCAUCCUGACCAACUCAUGGUCAUCGGGGAUGAAGACAAACACACCUAGGUGCCUCUUUGGCUCUGGAAGCCUCGGGGAAAUUGCAAUUGUAGCAGGCGGUUGUGACUCAAGGGGCAAUAUACUAAGCUCUGCUGAGCUUUAUAAUUCAGAAACAGGAACAUGGGAGACUCUGCCAAGCAUGAAUAAACCAAGAAAAUUGUGUUCUGGAGUUUUCUUGGAUGGGAAGUUCCAUAUAAUUGGUGGGGUUGGUGUUGGCAAUUCAAAUGUACUAACUUGUGGUGAAGUGUAUGAUUUCAAAGCAAGGUCUUGGACUGAGGUACCUGAUAUGUUCCCAGCACGUAACAGAGGAGCUGGAGCUAAUGAUGCUCCUGCAAUAGCUAAGGCACCUCCACUCUUAGCAGUUGUGAAGAAUGAGUUAUAUGCUGCUUAUUAUGCUGAAAAUGAAGUCUGGAAAUAUGAUAAGCAAAGAAACUUAUGGAUUACUAUAGGAAGAUUGCCGGAACAAGCGACCUCUAUGAAUGGUUGGGGGCUAGCAUUUAGGGCAUGUGGAGAUCAGCUCAUAGUUAUUGGAGGACCUAGGGCGUUAAAUGGGCGAUUCAUUGAGAUUAAUUCUUGGGAACCUACAGAAGGUGCACCAAAUUGGAAUUUGUUGGGGAGAAAACAUUCAGGAAGUUUUGUCUAUAAUUGUGCAGUGAUGGGUUGCUGAGGUGUCUUAUUUUGGAUAGGAGUACCAAAAUCUGUAUGAUCUCCUCUCUUCAUAUAGAUCCUCCAACUCACUUGUUUACUUUUUGAUCUUUUGGCUGGAAAAUUGUAUCAUUGUCAAUUGGUUAACGCGGAAAAUUCAUAAUGUGUAGAAGUGACAUACAGCAAUAAGUUGAAGCAGAGGUAAGGUUCUAGUUUGCCAUGAAGAUUUGAAAAAUAUGGCUGAAAACAGAAUAGAAUCAGUGUUGUAAAUUGAUAAUUUGAAUUUAAUUUAUAUUUUCAGUUUUUCGUUCUUCCGUGAAGCUGUUCAGUUUGAGCUUAUGGUAUUAUAUUUCCUCCUUUCUAGCAUUUUAUGCAUGCAAUAUAAUGUUUUUU